GCCGUCGCUUUCCCUCUCCCUCCUGCUUCUUCCCUUCCUGGGUUUGGAGCGUUCGAUUGCCCCCUCCCUCCCCUGCCCCUUCUUCACUGCCCCGCUCGGAGGAGAAAGAGAAAGGGGAGCGCUCCGCAGCGACACCGUCCGGCCAUCGCGUGUAUUGCACCUCCCCUUUUUUCUCUGUGUGUCUCCCACCCCCCUUCUCUCCCUCCAGCUCGGGCUCUCAAUGAGCCACACUGCCCGGCCACAGAGCCUCCUCCGCCGCCCGAUUGCCCCCCUCCCCAUCGGCUGCUGCUCCGGCUGCUGCUUCUUCUUCCUCCUCCAGCCCCCUUCCCAGCCCCCAAGGACACGCUCUCCCUUCCCUCCCCUCCCUCCCUCCCUCCCUUCCCCCCUCCCUCCCCUCCUCCGAGCGAACGUCGGGACAGGACGGCUGCCAAGCUUCUCAAAAUGUCCAGCGACAGACAAAGGUCCGAUGACGAAAGUCCCAGUACCAGCAGUGGGAGUUCGGACGCAGACCAGCGGGACCCGCCGGCUCCUGAACCGGAGGAGCAAGAAGAAAGGAAACCAUCGGCCACCCAGCAGAAGAAGAACACCAAACUCUCCAGCAAAACUACUGCUAAGCUAUCGACUAGUGCUAAAAGGAUUCAGAAGGAGCUAGCCGAAAUCACCUUGGAUCCACCGCCGAACUGCAGUGCUGGGCCUAAAGGUGAUAACAUUUAUGAAUGGAGAUCUACCAUCCUUGGCCCUCCAGGUUCUGUAUACGAAGGUGGCGUCUUUUUCCUGGAUAUCACAUUUUCAUCCGAUUAUCCAUUUAAACCACCAAAGGUUACUUUCCGCACUAGGAUCUAUCACUGCAACAUCAACAGUCAGGGAGUCAUCUGUCUGGAUAUUCUGAAAGACAACUGGAGCCCUGCUUUGACUAUUUCAAAGGUUUUGCUGUCUAUUUGUUCCCUCUUGACAGACUGCAAUCCUGCUGAUCCUCUGGUGGGAAGCAUAGCCACUCAGUACCUGACCAACAGAGCCGAACAUGACAGGAUAGCCAGACAGUGGACCAAGAGAUACGCAACAUAAGCGACACCAACGACCUUGUGCAGUGCGAAGGUGCGGCCAUGCAGCUUUGCGGUGUGCAACUAAUCUUUAUAGCCUUUACAAUACGGACUUCUGUGUAUAUGUUAUACUGAUUCUACUCUCUGCUUUUAUCCUUUUGAAGACUGGGAUACGGCUUUCCUUCCCUUCUCCCUCCCUCCACCCCUUUGCCCCUCGAGAUCUCCCCAUCCGCCCCAAAGGGUAAAACGCUAUCAAGAGUAGAACUUUGUAGCUGUAGAUUAGUUAUGUUUAAAAUGCCUACUUGCAAGUCUUGCUUCUUUGGGAUAUCAAAAUGUAUUUUGUGAUGUAACUAAGGAUACUGUUCCUGAAGUCAACCAAAUAUUAUAGUGCAUUUUAGCCUAAUUCAUUAUCUGUAUGAAGUUAUUAAAGGUAGCUGUAGAUGACUAGGAAUUACGUCAUUUGUAUUAAACCCAGAUCUAUUUCCGAUAUGUGGUACAUGCUGUUGUGAAAACUGUUUUAAACUUUUACCUUUGUCAGUUUGUAUUGAAAGGGAUUCCUUUUCUUCCCCACCCCUCCCCUCCCAUCGCCACCUACUUUGUAGCUCCAAGAGCAUCCAGUGUAUCAUCUCAAACACAAUAAAUAUGUUCCCCAAGGAA